AAGUGAGGAAAACGAGGACACAGAAGAAGGAGGAACGAUGAAAGAGGGAGUGUCUCAUUCUCAGCGUGUGUCCCGGAGCUCCACCUCUGUUCACACAUGAAAAUCCUGCUUUGGAUUAGCUGCUGGGACCUUCAGAUUGAACACUAGGUGUUUGGGAUUGUGCUGCUUUGGGAGUCAUUUUACAGGAAUAUUUUCCCCAGGAGCUCUGGAUCUGAGUGAGAGCUUCCAGCUGGAGGACAUCCUGCAGAAGGAGAAACAUCCAGGAUUGUGAGUAAUAUGAGGAAGCCUUUGAACGUGUUGGAUCCUGGGAUCAGACUACAGCGUGUCCAUGGUGUUUAGGACUGGGAGCAGCAUGCAAACCAAACGGUGAACCGCCGCUGCCUGUCAAACCCCACCGGCACCACCAACCUUAGGGAGGGGGAUUUCAGUCGCUUCAUCUCCGCCUGAUAAUCUUCACCAAACACCAUGGAUUACAUGCUACCCAUAAGAAGUCAGGACAUUAUAGUUUUCUCCUGCUCUGAUCCUUUUCUGGAUCCCCACAGCACCAGAACCAGGUUCCACUACCAGGCUGUCAAGAGAAAGCUGCGGCCUGGACGGAUUCUAGGCUUCAUCGUCAGCGUGGUGGCUGUCUGCACAGUUUGUACACUCAGUGCCUUAUCACUGGCCACAGCGGUGGUCACUGAGCCAGAGUCAUCUGCUGAGGGCUCAGCUGAUGCAGCGGUACCCCAAAGAACUCUCCUGCAACAACACAACAUCUCAGCGGCCCCAGAGGACACGCCAGUCGCCAUGAAGUCCGCCCACUUAGAGAUGAACCAAGGAGACUACCCCACAGAUUAUUUCAGUGUGGAGGACAGACGUCAGGGUUAUGUGAUUCUUCAUAUGUUUGGGAUGUUGUACAUGUUCAUAGCCUUGGCCAUCGUGUGCGAUGAGUUUUUUGUCCCCGCACUCACUGUCAUCACGGAGAAGCUGGAGAUCUCAGACGAUGUAGCAGGGGCCACCUUCAUGGCAGCAGGUGGUUCAGCCCCGGAGCUCUUUACCUCCGUCAUAGGGGUCUUCAUCUCCCACAGUAAUGUGGGUAUUGGCACCAUUGUGGGCUCAGCUGUUUUCAACAUCCUGUUUGUGAUCGGAAUGUGUGCCCUGUUCUCCAAAGAGGUGCUGAACCUCACCUGGUGGCCUCUGUUCAGAGAUGUCUCGUUUUACAUCGUGGGGUUGCUCAUGCUCAUCUAUUUCUUUCUGGAUAAUCAAAUCACGGUGAUGGAAAGCGCCAGCCUGCUGACAUGCUACGCCUGUUACGUGACGUUUAUGAAGUACAACGCCAAGGUUGAAUAUGUCAUAAAAACCCUGCUGGGCAGCAACCAGGUGGACAGGCUGGAGGAGGCACCAAAGGUACCUGAAGAUGAUGAGAACAAGUUGACGGCCAAGCCGAGGCUGCAGAGGGAAGGCAGUUGUGCUUCUUUACACAACUCACUGAUGAGAAACAGCAUCUUCCAGCUCAUGAUCCACACACUGGACCCCCUCAGUAAUGAAGGACGAUUCAAAGAGAAAGCGUCAAUCCUUCACAAAAUGGCCAAGAAGAAGUGUAAAGAAGAUGCUAUGAGUGCCAACGGUGUAGUUGAGAAAAAGAUCCACAAUAGUUCAAAGGUGGAGGUGGAGGUCACACCACCGAUGAACGGCGCCGCAGGAGGAAACCAGGGUGAGGAGGAGGAGGAGGAUGAAGACCAGCCUCUGAGUCUUGCCUGGCCUGACACCCCCAGGAAACAGCUGACGUACCUCGUCAUCCUGCCCAUUGUCCUACCGCUGUGGCUCACGCUGCCCGAUGUCAGGAAAGAGAGCUCUGAAAAAUUCUUUCCCAUCACUUUCCUCGGGUCGAUCAGUUGGAUUGCCUUCUUCUCCUACCUGAUGGUGUGGUGGGCUCACCAGGUCGGAGAGACUUUCUGGAUCACUGAGGAGAUCAUGGGUUUGACCAUAUUAGCAGCUGGUACCUCAAUCCCCGACCUGAUCACAAGUGUGAUUGUUGCACGCAAAGGCCUCGGUGACAUGGCUGUGUCCAGUUCAGUAGGAUCCAACAUCUUUGAUAUCACUGUGGGCCUCCCAUUCCCAUGGCUCAUUUACAACAUCAUCAAUGACUUCAAGUCUGUGGAGGUGAGCAGCAACGGCCUUUUCUGUGCCAUCGUCCUCCUCUUCCUCAUGCUCCUCUUUGUCAUCAUAUCCAUCGCGAUUUGCAAGUGGAAAAUGAGCAAGUUCCUGGGCUUACUAAUGUUUCUGCUCUACUUCGUCUUCCUGAUCAUCAGCGUCAUGCUGGAGGAUAAAAUUAUUGUGUGUCCUGUCACCGUCUGAGAGAAGGACUCCCAUCAAAUGACAUGAAAUCUAUUAAUGAGAGUGCAAUAGGAAACUGCCUGUUAACUGUCUCAUGUGCUCAUGAUACUGAACCCUACACACGCACACGCGCGCACACACACACACACACACACACACACACACACACACACACACACACACACACACACACAUUGUUGAUGGAGGUGAAGCAGCACUCAUGGUUGCAGGACCAAGCUAUUGCAUCACAAUAUCUGACAGAGACAUGCAGGCCUAUACUUUUGACUUCACACUGCCCAAUGAGCAGUCUUUCUUUGCACCAUGUGACCACAUUCCGUGGCCGUGAUUGGUAGAUUCCUGCUGACAUACAAGAUGGACCUCAAGUUCAACUCGAAUGUUGCAUGAAACUUUUAUUCUUUUGAGCUGAAGGACUGUACAAAAAGAAACUCCACCACUCAUGGAAGCAACAAUUCUGAGAAAUUAAUCUUGGACGCUCAGAAAAGAAGAGUUUUUGUGUUUAAAAACCCCAGAGGAGAAAGGAAAAGCAGCAGCAAUGCAUGAAUGUAAUAGCUGAUUCACGGGAUUUCUGUUAAACAAAAAUGCAUUAUAAUAGACAGAAAAAUAAUCAUUAUUAAAAUGUUUCAGCCACAGCUUCAUGUUUGAGGUCAUGUUUGGCAGAAACGACUAUAUUCAUGUUCAUCCCGUUCAUAAUAGAGAGCUUUAAAUACUUACAUUCUUGACGUGCACCUCUGUAGAAAACAUUCUUCCUGUUUCUGGGCGCACAUAAGAGUUGCAUUUUCUUUGUCAGUUAUCUUGUUUAACUUCUUUCUUCACAAUAGGUUGUUAAUACAAUUACAGUUAACUUUGGUUUUCCUCUGCAAUGUUUUGAUGUAAAACAGCUCAUGUACUGUAAUUCUUAACACAGAAUUUGUCUUAUAAGACCAAGAGUCCAACUUAUGGAAGCUAUGGGAUGCAAUGCUAACUACCAAACUGGAAAUUACAAACUCAGGACAGUCAUGGUCCAUGUGUCAUAAAAUAAAAUGAUGUAUUGGCUGUGAUUUGUUCUUGAGAUGGAGAAAGGAUGCAUGCAUGAGGAAAGUUAUUCACUUUUGCAUCACCAAAUUUUAUAUUUCCUUCUGAAAUAAACCAACUUGCGUAAAAUAAAACAACAGUUUUGUCCUCGAGAAAUAAUGUGAAUAUUUUGACAAUGUCACAAUGUUAAAGUAUUUAUUAUAAAAUAAAACGUGUCUGUAAUUUCAAAAUCCACUUUCUGUUGUUGCAUUUACUCAUUAAAAGGAGAUGUGUUUAUACCUUCUGAGAAUUUUAUGAGGUUUUAAAACGGCAAAUAAAACCAUAAUUAGUGAAAAUUGCAUUUUGUUUUGCAGAACUAACUUCCUAAUUGCAAAAAUAAAAAAAUACCAAACUUCUCCAAUGGUUUAAAUGAUCUGGGAUGAGUCUGUGUCCCAGAAAUCUUCAACAAGAGAGUAAUUUUUGUUGGAAACGUCCUGUUUUCUUCCUGAAGGAAUAAUUCUAAAUUGUGCAGCUUUUUAAUUUUUAGAACACCAGGAUCUUAUUUUCCUGUUUAGAUAAUAAAAUGAAAAAAAUUUACAUUUGACUCAACCCCCCUAUUUUUAUGCUUUCAUAUUUUUCUUCCCAUGUGAAUGUACCAAUGGUUCCUAAUGUCACAUGAUGUGUUUCAUCUAGUGUUCAUGAAAUAUUUGUAAAUUGCAAAUAGGGCAUGCAAAUAAGAGAAAAUACAUGCAAUAGGUUUUAAACAUUAUAUUUUUUUACACCUCUGCAGUUCAAAUUUAGUUGGCUAUGCAGUAUCACUUCAUCUUUAUUUAGUUUUAAAUAUUUAUGAAGUUACUGAAUGAUUUUUGAGUUUUUUUCUGCCUAAAUGGAUCACCUGGGUGUGCAGAAUGUUUGAAUGAAUGAGUGCAUUUUAAAAUAUUUACAAGAAUUCUCCUUCAUCACUUUUCAUACUCAAAUGAUAUAACAAAGCUGCAUUUCUUUGCUGUGUUUCUUAGAUAUGGGAGCAUUUUCAUGUACUUGAAUCACGUACCAAACUGUAAAAACACAUGUUAAUCCCUGUUUAAAAAAAUGUCAUGAAUAAAGAAAUGUUAAAAAGUUUAAUUGUGUUCAUAACUCUAAUUUUCCACAAGAGCUGGUGCAGCAGUUUUCUGAUUGUGUCGCUGUUUCGGUGCCAUCAUUAAUAUAAUGAACCAUAUUUUCAGUUUACUUAUUUCUCCGGCCAUAACCUCAGUUUCAUCUACCUGUAAGGGACGAGCUUUACCUAGACACAAGCUCCUUACAGAGCUAUACGUGGCUUACGACCAUUAUCGCCAUAGGACACAGAUUAACUGGACACCCGAGGACAUCCAGAAAAUAACUCACCUCUUUUUAUCUGCAUUGGUCUUCAGAGACAUCUGAGGACAGGUGAUGUCUUCAUCGUCCAACCAACAACCUAAAGGAAGAUGUGCAUGAAGUGGACAUGCCAGUCAGUUAUUCGUAUGAAAAUGUCACAGCUACUAAUCAGAGCUUGGGGCUUUAAGUUAAAUUUGCUUCACCUAAAAUGUGUUUUGCUAAAUUAAUUAUCUUUAUUAUCCAGUGGGACUCUAGGGUAUUUCUUGAGUGAAAAUGUGUUUUUGCUAGUUUGACUAACCCUGAAAACCUCCAUUUGAUCAGAAAGAAGCUGCAAAUGCAGCUUUAACACCAAAUGCAUCAAGUUAAGGGUUUAGUGCAUGCUGACAUGCUGUGAGGUUGAGAUGAACUUUUAUACCAGAUGCCAAUAAGAGGAGCAAGUCAAAAGAAGCUAGCUUAAAAGGGAUCUUGAAAAUUGUCGCAGAUAAUUUAAAUACGCCUGAAGUCUUGCAAAUCAGGAUGCUGUGUUUCAAUCAGGAGCUUGGUUAUCAGUUAAACGGUCAGAAUGUUUACCUUUUAUCAAAUCUUGAGGGUGCGGUAAAAUAAUUUAACUGAAGAAAAGAUGGCAGCAGAAAUGGAUUAAAAAGCUACACCGAGAAACUUAUACAGAACUAUGAUGUGGGUUUGCAGCACAGCAACUAUCG